AAUCCAGAAGCUAACGAGUCCAAUGACGCACGCGUCAUGUUUUUAUUGUCUCGUGUACAGUGUCAGAAGGUAAGAGGCUAGAGCGCGGGCGAGAAAUUUUCUAACAAAGCAAUGUAACCGCCCCCUGCUCAACAGUCCCGUUGUUCUGUUGUCUAACUGCACUAAAACUGCGGUCAUAAAUGGAUCGGUGUCGGCCCACACUAAUCACAGGUAUGAAUACAGCACAGCAGGCAGCCAGCCCCUCCUCGCGGUUUAGGCGCCUCUCACCCGAAUCUCGCUGGAAAAGACGCCAGAAUGGUGCGAGACGAUGUCCAAACCCCAUGUCCACCUUACAAACAGUAUACAUUUUAAGCAGUUGGAACUUUCCGUUACGAAAGAACAGUCCCUGUACUGAAAUAGCGGUAGUCGUCUUGCGUUUCUCACGCUACAAAUUCAAACUGUGUGUAAGAUUAAGAGUCGUUGGUAUCGCUGAUUUAAUCAUCGCUGCUGACUUCGUACACAAUUAAAAUGUAGCCCAAUGGAUAUGUGCGCAGCACAUUAAAUCACCGGAUUUACGAACAGACCUGAUUCAAACAGUUACUUGUCUAGCGGAGAUUGUCUUGUUUCUGCCGACACGGGUCUGACAUGGGCUUGCCUUGUAUUCCUGGAAGCUAAAUCAAUAUCAAGUGGACGCAAGGUAUUCUUUAUUGUAGGGACAAGCCGUGGAAGUAAUUAAUUUUUGUGCCACCAAAUUAAUAUUUUUGAUUUUCAGCCAACAGCGCGGCUUUGACGUAGAUAGAGCUGACAGGUUUUUAUAAGAAACCAGACCAGGAGCGGCACAGCGUGCACGCUGGAACAGCAAGCGAACUUUCUGCGUAGUCCUUGUACCAUAGCCCUCUCGCGAAGGCAGUCGCCUACUUCAUCCUCAGUCCCGAGCUCGGGAUUCUGAACCACAUACCUCAUCGCGUGACGAGGCGAAUCCUGCACGGUCUGUGUACUUAAUUCCUUCUGCAUAUGGACAUUGUUACUGUGGACGCCGAAAUCGUUGUUUCGACUAUGACAAUUAGAUGAGCUCUAUCACCACACCCCCUCAUUUAUUUCCUCUCGCACUCUAGACAGGUUCGACUCUCCAGUCAAGUUCGCAGCCCGCGAGCGCAGAACAUCGCCAGUGACCGUUUUCCAGUGACAGGUUUUCGGCGCUGAAAAGGAGCGAGCAAGGGUGCGAGCAGGAGCAAUGGAGCUGACCACUGUGUCCGGCGUCGAUUUCGCCGACCUGUAUUCCGUGAUCCCCUUCAAUGUCAGCUUCCAGGAGGACCCGAUGGGCUUCUUUCCGAACAGAAGCAACACGGAGCAGGCUCCGGUGAAGAGCGCGACGGGCAUAAUAAUCGCUAUAUCCAUAACGGCCCUCUACUCGGUCAUCUGUGUGGUGGGACUUCUCGGAAACAUUCUCGUAAUGUACGGAGUGGUGAGGUACACCAAGAUGAAGACCGCCACCAACAUCUACAUCUUCAACCUGGCGCUGGCCGACGCGCUGGCCACCAGCACCUUGCCGUUCCAGAGUGCCAAGUACCUGAUGAAAACCUGGCCGUUCGGAGAACUCAUCUGCAAGGUGGUGAUCGCCAUCGACUACUACAACAUGUUCACCAGCAUCUUCACGCUCACCAUGAUGAGCGUAGACCGCUACAUCGCCGUGUGCCACCCGGUGCGCGCGCUCGACUUCCGCACGCCCGUCAAGGCCAAGCUCAUCAACGUGUGCAUCUGGAUCCUGUCCUCCGCCAUCGGCGUGCCCAUCAUGGUCAUGGCCAUCACCAGGGUCAACGACAAGGGUAAAACCAUCUGCACGCUGAAGUUUCCCGACCCAGACUGGUACUGGGACAUGGUGACCAAGAUCUGUGUGUUCAUCUUUGCGUUCGUGGUGCCGGUGCUGGUCAUCACCAUCUGCUAUGGGCUGAUGAUCCUGAGGCUGAAGAACGUGCGGCUGCUCUCCGGCUCCAAGGAGAAGGACAGGAACCUGCGCCGCAUCACGCGCAUGGUGCUGGUGGUGGUGGCCGCCUUCAUCAUCUGCUGGACGCCCAUCCACAUCUUCAUCAUCGUCAAGACCCUGGUGGACAUCGACCAGAAGAACCCCUUUGUCCUGGCCAGCUGGCACCUGUGCAUCGCCCUGGGGUACACCAACAGCAGCCUCAACCCCGUCCUCUACGCCUUCCUGGACGAGAACUUCAAGAGGUGCUUCCGGGACUUCUGCCUGCCGUUCCGCUCUCGUAUGGACCAGAACAGCUUCUCCCGGGCGCGGACCACCAUGCGGGAGCCCGUUUCCGUCUGCGCCCCGGCGGACGCGGGGAAGAAGCCGGUAUGACUAGACAUGGAUCGGGUCCCCCAGGGCUCGCGGCCCCGGAGGGUCCAGCAGGACCUGCAGUCCGAGAUCACGCAGAUCUCCACCACCGAGUUCUGAGCGGGAGGAGGGGCUCGAACCCUCAGCCCCGCCCCCACACUCCUCCGACUCCUCCCCCUCAGAACUGUGACUGACCAAACAUGCGCCUCGCUUGGCCCGCGACACACUCUGCGCAUGGAGGGCCACGUUUCCCAUUGCUUCCCGAGUCCAAGAGUGAAAUCCUGACAUUUCCCACAAUGUUUACAGCACAGACUCUGAGGAAACAGGCUGGGGGUGGGGAGGGUAUCCAAGGGGCUUAUGACCCAAAAGAUUACGAGACUGGAUUGUUCCAUACUGAACAUUUAUUGUUUCAAAGACUAACAUCACAAAGGUGAUAUCCCUGUCCAUCCUAAAAUGAAAGGGAGAGGUGCUAUGGACGAUGCAAGAGCAGGUGGCCUCAGGUGGUUGAUUCUUUUGAUGGGAUUUGCCCAGAUGAAAAGCGACGGCUCUCCCAAGCAUCUGCCAGCUCUCAUCUUUACAGCAGCGCGCCGACGGAGCGUGUAGAGCAGGGGAAACAGGGACCCAGAGGGGCUGCGGUGGAGAGAGCCGGGGACACACGCUCAGAUCUGAGCCGAUCUGACAGCACAGAGCCGCCGCCGCCGCGCUCAGCCCUCCUGAAACGAGCUCAGCCUCGCAGAGCGCCCCUCUCACACCUGCUCUACGAGAACCCUGAAAACACGACCAGAUUACACACCUGCUCUACGAGAACCCUGAAAACAUGACCACAUUACACACCUGCUCUAUCGGAACCCUGAAAACAUGACCACAUUACACACCUGCUCUACGAGAACCCUGAAAACACAGGACCAGAUUACACACCUGCUCUAUGAGAACCCUG